ACCCAGUUAAAAAAUAAAAGCUCGAUAAUUGUUAUUGUUAGCUUGUUCGCUCGCAGACGAACGGCUGAAAUGGAGAUAUGACUGAGUAAUAACGUCUUAUUACAUAUGCACCCUUAAGUUAUUACAAACGCUAAGUGAUGGAGGACGGAAACAGGAGUGAUGUAGCCUCCACAUCCAAGAGCCACGCAGGCUCUCUUCGCCUGCAGACUCCCAAAAAUGAAGACGCCUAUGAAAUUUCCGUCCCAUAUGAGGAGAGCAACUUUGAGCAGCAAGGAUUUUUCAACCAGACUGACCAGAAUUUUGAUGAGCCGCCCUCGACUGCUGGCCCAUCUCCAGUCAACACCUCGUCCAUGGUGAUCACCAACCUGCGGACCCAGCUCCAGAUCUCUCUGGAGAAAAACUCUUGGCUGCAGAAAAGAAUUGAGGAUUUGGAGGAGGAAAGGGACUUUCUCCGAUGCCAGCUGGACCGUUUCAUCUUCUCAACAAAGAGUCAGGGACACGAGCAAAGUCAGAGCCAGUACAGUAACGGAUAUGAAUCAAGAAGAUUCAACUGGAGGGCAAGAAGGGAGGAGGACCGUCCUGCAGAACAACAGAAGACAGACUCACAUCAUUUUCAAACUCGUCAGUUUAUCCAGCGAAGGCCGGGUCCUCCCAAUCUGGUGCCCUCGAAAAAUCGCGUCUCCAGUUCUCUAACCACUCAGCUCACCUCUAUGAAUGCUUUGUUCAACCCCACACAAUCCCAAACCCUUUUGCAGGGCCACGGCACUUCCAGCACCCCAGCUAGUGGCCUCAGCGGCAAAAAUAGCAAUGCCGCAAGAUCAUCCAUAAAUGAAAUGAGUUCACAUGGUGAUUCCCUCUCACUUUUGGGAGAAUCUGAUGAUUAUUUGGACCAUGACGGCUUCAUGGAGGAGGAAGAAAUGUUAGGAGAAGAUAUAAUGUCCGACACAAUAAACACCAACAGGAACCAGAUUAAGAGAAGGCGAGUCUUCCGAGCUCCAAGAGAGAGGCAAAGGGUAAAAGAUGCAGCUGGAGUGCUGUUUCGGUAUAAGAAGAUACUGCUCACAUACCAGCGUCUCAAAAAUAUGUCCAAAGCCUUUCAAAUUCACGGAGUCGAUCGCAACACCGUGGCCUCUACCACACCCAUUGCUGAGCUGCUUCUAGUGGCGCCAGAGAAAGUGGUCGAGGUGGGGGAGUUUGACCCGUCCAAGGAAAAACUGCUGGACUACGCCAGGCGCUGCUACAUUGCUCUGGAUGAAGAGACACUCAGCAGAGUGCAGGCAUUAAAGAAGAAUAACCUUCUGCUUCCCAUCUCCUACAGGUUUAGGCACUGAGUUAAGAGAAAACGGUUCUGCUGAAGGCAGCUCUCAAAUGACUAAAGUACAACUGAGAUGCUUUACUUUAUGAGUGACAUUUGACUUCUGACAUAAUCUAUCAACACUUUCUUGUUUGUCUGACAAAUGUUAAAUAAAACAUUGGGUACCACUUGUGUCUGGAAGGAGAAAGGAGGGUCUUACAAUUGAGAGCAAUAUCUUUUUGGUGUCAUUUCAGAUGAUUAACUAGGAAAGUUUUUUUUUCUAUAAUUGUGGAAAACACUCCUUUUACCAGUAACUGGUUCACCCACAUUGCUCAACUGUGUAUUUAGUAGAGUGAACAUAAACAUUUUAAUUUUAAUUAUUCCUUUUAUCAACAUUUUUCUCAGUUUAAAGCCAGUUCACUCACUACUGUGAUUUUUACAGCUUUUAAAAGUUCACAUAUUAAUGUUCCUAUUACAUUGUUUCUGUGAUGUAUUGAGAUCCACCUGUAAGCUUUUACUUUAUUUUUUCUGUUGUGAACUUAAUGUUUAUUUAAAAAAAUCCCUGUUAAUAGAUUAAAUCUUCAUUGCAGUUUUUUCUUGCCUUAAUCAGAAUUUGUAUGUUCUUGUAAUAAGAGAAACAUUCAAAUUCCCCUUACCGUUUCAUUAAUUUCAUUUUAAAAAACUAUUAAAACAAAUCACUUGCAGUAUUUUGUGGUACAGAUGCACUUUUGAGAGCAUGGCACAUCUGAAAAUAAAAUUUAUUUUCAUUUUUAAAUCAAUUUAAACAGAAUGUGAUGACAUUCUAGGUAACAUUGUGAUUGAUGCAAUUUGCUUUUCUGACUGCAUAACUUGUUCCACUGAAGCCUUCCUUCUAAACAGUUUUGGAUUAUGUGACUAGGUGUCUAAAUAGAACCUUUUGUAAACUAUGACUGUCUUUUGCCACAAAGCGAACAUUUUCUUGUGAAAAUCAUUGAACGUACACAUGUUUUACAUUUUGAGAAUUAACUAAAUUAGAUUGACAGUAACUGUUUUCACUGUCUGAAACUGUUUUCACUCCCAAGAAUAACACCAGUGAAAUAUCACUAAAGCAAUUAUGUUCCUACAAAAAUGUGAGUUUUAUCAGUAAAAUUCAACACUACCCCUCACAGAGGUGAGAAUGCAAAUGAUUCAUUCAAAGUACGUAAAAUAGUACAAUAAAAUUCUUGUUUUCUUAAAAC